AUGCCUUACGUGGAUAUCCCCUCCGCAGAGACGGACAAAGCGUUUGUCCAGAUCGCAAACGCAGACAUUGAGGAUCUCCUGAAACAGCUUACACUCGACGAAAAGGUUGCCCUGCUGACAGGCGACGACUUUUGGCACACCGUUCCUAUCCCACGACUGGGAAUCCCGUCCAUCCGAUUAUCCGACGGCCCAAACGGGGUCCGCGGCACACGUUUCUUUGGCAGUGUGCCGGCAGCAUGUCUUCCCUGCGGCACGGCCAUCGGGGCCACCUUCGACAGAGAGCUCGCCGUGGAGAUAGGCCAUCUGCUCGCUGCAGAAGCCAAGGCAAAAGGCGCCCAUGUUAUUCUGGGUCCUACGAUAAACAUCCAACGAGGUCCACUUGGGGGGAGAGGGUUCGAAUCGUUCUCGGAAGAUCCGCUCCUUUCAGGGACGCUGGCUGGCCACUACUGCAAAGGCUUGAAGGAGAGGAAUAUUACCGCAACGCUGAAACAUUUUGUGUGCAAUGAUCAAGAGCAUGAGCGCAUGGCAGUCAAUUCCGUUGUCACCGAUCGGGCGAUGCGAGAGAUCUACCUUCUCCCGUUCAUGAUUGCAAUCGCUCUUGGGAAGCCGGGAGCCAUCAUGACGGCAUACAACAAAGUAAACGGCAUCCAUGCGUCCGAAAGCCCGACACUACUCCACGAUAUUCUCCGGGGUGAAUGGGGCUGGGAGGGCUUGCUGAUGAGCGACUGGUUUGGAACGUACAGCACAUCGGAGGCCAUCAACGCCGGACUCGAUCUGGAGAUGCCAGGCCCAACCAGAUGGCGCGGUGGUGCCCUCGCUCACGCUAUUGCGGCGAACAAAGUCCCCAUUGCGAUCGUCAAUGAUCGCGUGAGAGCUGUCCUCAGAAUGGUCCAGCAGGCCAGUCGAUCCGGGAUCCCCGAGCACGCCCCGGAGCUGCAAUUGAAUCGAGCCCAGGACCGUCAGCUACUGAGGAAGAUUGCGUCGGAAGCCAUCGUUCUCUUGAAGAAUGACGAUAGCAUUCUGCCGCUUGAUAAAACCAAGAGAAUCGCAGUCAUCGGUCCGAAUGCGCAGGUCGCCACUUAUUGCGGUGGCGGCAGUGCAGCGCUGAAUCCCUACGAGGCCGUCACUCCAUUCGACGGUAUCUCGCGGUCCGCGUUGGGCGGCGUGGAGUUUUCCCAGGGUAUAUACGGGCAUCAAAACCUGCCAUUGCUGGGCAAGCGCCUGCGUAAUCAGACAGGGCUCGCGGGGUUCGAUUUGCGGAUUUUCAACGAACCACCCACGGUCUCUACUCGAAUGCCGCUCGAGGAACGGCACGAAACUGACUCGUUGGUCUUUUUCCUUGAUUACAACCAUCCGGAUCUCCAGACGGUGUGGUUUGCCGACGCAGAGGGGUACUUCAUCCCGGAGGAAUCCGGACUCUACGACUUCGGCCUCUGCGUCCAAGGAACUGGGAAACUUUUCGUGGACGGAAAGCUUCUAGUCAACAACGCCGACGUCCAAAGACCGGGGCCAAGCUUUCUGGGAAGCGGCACGAUGGAGGAAAGGGGAACAAUGGAGCUCGUGGCAGGAAGACAAUACCGGGUCCAUGUGCAAUGGGGGUGUGCGAAAACCAGCAAGUUCAAGGUUCCCGGCGUGGUCGACUUUGGCCAUGGAGGUUUCCGAUUCGGCGCGUGUAGGCAACUAUCCCCGCAGGAGGGGAUCGAGGAAGCCGUCAAGCUGGCGGCUAACGUGGACCAGGUGGUUCUCAUGGCCGGAUUGAGUGCGGAAUGGGAAUCAGAGGGCGAAGAUCGCAUGCACAUGGACCUGCCACCGCACACGGACGAGCUGAUUGCUCGUGUCUUGAAGGCAAACCCGGAUACCGUUGUCGUUCUCCAAAGCGGAACUCCCAUGGCGAUGCCGUGGAUCACAGAAGCAAAGGCUGUGCUGCAUGCUUGGUAUGGUGGAAACGAAACAGGCAACGGCCUGGCAGAUGUCAUAUUUGGCGAUGUCAAUCCUUCCGGCAAACUUCCUCUCACUUUCCCCCGACACCUCAAGCAUAAUCCCACCUACUUGAACUACCGGUCUGAGGGUGGCCGGGUCCUGUACGGCGAGGAUGUUUAUGUCGGCUAUCGGUUCUAUGAUGAGAUAGAGGUCGAUCCCCUGUUUCCAUUCGGUCACGGACUUUCAUACACGUCCUUUGAGCUCACCGAUCUGCACCUGCAAAGAGACUCAAACAUACUACAGGUGAGCUGCAAGUUGCGCAACACAGGGCCAAGGCCGGGAACGGAAGUGGUCCAGCUGUAUGUGGCGCCCGUAUCACCACCGAUCAAGCGGCCGCUGAAGGAGUUGAAGGAGUUCCGAAAGGUUUGGCUGGAGACUGCGGCCGAAGAGGUCGUGACCGUCCCACUGGACCUGGUGCGCGCCACCAGUUUCUGGGAUGAGAAAAGCAGCAGUUGGUGCAGCCACAGUGGCACCUAUCAGAUUAUGUUGGGAACUAGCAGUCGAGGAACAUUCUUGGAGGGUUCCGUAGAGUUAAGUGAGACCACUUUCUGGUCCGGCCUUUAA